AUGAAAACAGGCCUUGCAGCGCCUGUGUGCGCCAUGGACUUCCAUGCAGUCUGGAACUCGGAGGAGCGUCAACAGGCGGCUCGUCACAGCUGUCUCCUCCACAGCCGCUGGGGAGUCUUGGCCACCGCCCAAGGCGAUCGAGCUCGCGGGUUCCUGACAGAUCUGAACAAGACGGAGACGGCCAGCGGCUGGAUCUCGGACCUCGAGCUCAUGCACCACUACACCUCCGUGUCGUACCGGACCUUCUCCCAUUCCUCCGAGGCCCAGAAGGCUCUGCAAUACGACGUGCCCCGUGAAGCCCUCUCCUACCCCUUCCUCCUCCACCAGCUACUCGCCUUCUCGGCCUACCACCUGGCCUACCUCCAGCCCGACUGCCGGCACGCUUACCUCAUGCAGGCCGCCCAGCACCAGAACGACGCCAUCAACGGCAUGCGAGGCACGCUGCUGGGCACCAUCUCGCCCAUCAACUGCCACGCCCUCUUCGCCUCGUCCAUCUUCCUGACGCUGAGCGCCUUCGCGACGUACCCGAGCUACGAGAAGUACAACCCGACCUUCUCGCCCGUCGAGAGCAUGCUCGACAUCUUCACCCUGUCGGACGGCAUGAGCGCCAUCCUCCGCUCGUCCGACGACGACAUCCGCAAGGGCCCGCUGCGCGAGAUCUUCGUCCGCAGCCCCGGCGACACGACGCCCACGAACGUCGAGCCCUCCCUCCAGCCCCUGUUCGACCGGCUCCCCCGGCUGAGCGCCCGGCUCAGUGACAUGCUCGGGGCGACGGCCGGGACCGGCGGGCGCGAGGGGAAAUACACAAUCACAAGCUCCAUCAUCGCCCUGAGCGAGUCCGUCGCCAAGGUCUCGACCAUCAACAUCAUGUCGGCGCCCGCCGAGUUCCGUGCCGUCUUCAUGUGGCCCGUCCUCCUGUCGACGGAUUACAUGGACAUGUUGCGGCUGCGGCAGCCCGCGGCGCUGGUGGUGCUGGCGCACUACUGCGUCAUCAUCCACCUGGCCGAGCCCUUCUGCUGGUUCCUCACCGGCUGGACCAGGGCCCUCUUGUCUGUGAUAUCGGAGCAGCUGACCGGGACGCCGUGGGAGGAGCUUGUGAUGUGGCCCAUAGAGAUCGUUGGCCUCGGCGCAUACGAGGCUCAGCUGGAGCGUAUGGUCCACGCCAUGCCCAUUACUCUCUAA